UCAUUCUCAGUUCAGUGUAGAACAUCUCCCGGUCCAGCGUAGGACCCGUGAUCGCGAUGUUUCAUCUCAAAUCAGUGCCCAAGUGUGUGCGAUCCUCCCCAUGCGAGUUGGGGAAACUACUCAAGGCCUUCGCCCCUGCGGUUCUCCAGAGCAGCAGUGUUCACAACCUCCCCGACAAGCUGAAGGAUGUCCCCACCGCAGAGAACCCCAGGUUCUUUGACAUGGUCGAGUACUUCUUCCACCGCGCUUGUCAGAUCGCCGAGGACAAGCUGGUGGAAGACAUGAAGGGGAAGAUGUCUGUGGAAGACAAGAGGAAGAAGGUGAAGGGUAUCUUGUUGGGAAUGCAGCCGUGUGAUCACAUUCUGGAGAUAGCGUUCCCGAUCAGACGUGAUUCUGGAGACUGGGAGAUGAUCCAGGGAUAUCGAGCUCAGCACAGUGUUCACAGAACUCCGUGCAAAGGAGGUAUCCGUUUCUCACUGGACGUGUCACGUGACGAGGUGAAGGCUUUGUCAGCGCUGAUGACAUUCAAGUGCGCCUGUGUGGACGUGCCCUUCGGUGGCGCCAAGGCGGGCAUCAAGAUCAACCCAAAGACCUACAGCGAGCACGAGCUGGAGAAGAUCACCAGGAGGUUUACUCUAGAACUGGCCAAGAAAGGCUUUAUUGGACCGGGAGUGGACGUCCCUGCUCCAGACAUGGGAACGGGAGAGCGAGAGAUGUCCUGGAUAGCUGACACGUACGCUAAGACCAUUGGUCACUUGGAUAUCAACGCCCAUGCCUGUGUGACCGGCAAGCCCAUCAACCAGGGAGGUAUCCACGGACGAGUGUCCGCCACAGGGCGUGGAGUGUUCCACGGAUUGCAGAACUUUAUCAUGGAGGCUGGCUACAUGAGCAUGAUCAAAACCACUCCAGGCUGGGGUGGAAAAACCUUCAUUGUGCAGGGGUUCGGUAAUGUCGGGCUGCAUACUACAAGAUAUCUCCAUCGAGUAGGGGCCAAGUGCAUUGGAGUCAUCGAGUGGGAUGGAACCAUCUUCAACCCCGAUGGAAUUGACCCCAAGAAACUGGAAGACUGGAAGCUUGACCACGGUACAAUCAAUGGUUUCCCAGAAGCAAAGCCAUACGAAGGAGAAAAUCUGAUGUACGAACCUUGUGAUAUAUUUAUUCCUGCUGCGGUUGAAAAGGUCAUCACGUCUAAGAACGCAGAUAAAAUUCAAGCUAAGAUCAUCGCCGAGGCAGCCAACGGUCCCACGACCCCGGCUGCUGACAAGAUCCUCAUCGACCGUAACAUCCUGGUCAUCCCUGACCUGUACAUCAAUGCUGGAGGUGUCACCGUAUCUUUCUUCGAAUGGCUCAAGAAUCUCAACCACGUUUCUUACGGAAGACUAACCUUUAAAUAUGAGCGAGACUCCAACUUCCAUUUGUUGGAGUCUGUGCAAGAAUCUCUCGAGAGAAGGUUCGGAAGUGUAGGAGGCCGCAUUCCAGUAACGCCUUCAGAAUCCUUCCAGAAGCGCAUUCACGGAGCUUCAGAAAAAGACAUUGUCCACUCCGGUCUGGACUACACUAUGGAGCGAUCUGCCAAAGCCAUAAUGAAAACAGCUGCUAAGUACAACUUGGGCCUAGAUUUGAGAACAGCUGCCUACGUCAACUCAAUAGAGAAGAUCUUCACUACUUACAGAGAGGCUGGACUCGCUUUCUAAAAUUAAAUUUUAACUUGUAAAUAUUUUUUCGUUGUAUCCUGACAUAUAUAUUUAACUGUGUAAACGAUGUAUUUGAUAAAUAAAUUGACCUAAACUCCCA